UAAAAGCCGCCGGCUGGCGCGCGUGGGGGCAGAAGGAGGCCAGCUCCACCACGCUGGCCCUGGUGACAGCCGCUCUUCUCAGCCAGGCGCCGAGUGACAUGUCCCCACCGAGGCACUCCACGGAAGCAGGCAUAUAGCAUGGGCUGAGAAGCCGGGCCGGCACGGAGGGCUGGCAGAAAUGGGCUCCCGGCCGAGUCCUGGGCAGCCAGCGGCGGCAAGGAGGAGAGGCCCGGGCACCUGGAGCAGGGCUGGGAUGAGGCAAUUCUGGAGAGAGUGACCGGCUCGCAGCCCUGCCCGCCUGGCCACCAUGGUCCAGAGGCUCUGGGCAAGCCGCCUGCUGCGGCAUCAGAAAGCCCAGCUGCUGCUGGUCAACUUGCUGACCUUCGGCCUGGAGGUGUGCCUGGCCGCAGGCAUCACCUACGUGCCCCCUCUGCUGCUGGAAGUGGGGGUAGAAGAGAAGUUCAUGACCAUGGUGCUGGGCAUCGGUCCAGUGCUGGGCCUGGUCUCGGUCCCGCUCCUAGGCUCAGCCAGCGACCACUGGCGUGGGCGCUAUGGCCGCCGGAGGCCCUUCAUCUGGGCCUUGUCCCUGGGCGUCCUGCUGAGCCUCUUCCUCAUCCCGAGGGCCGGCUGGCUGGCGGGGCUGCUGUGCCCCGACACCCGGCCCCUGGAGUUGGCGCUGCUGAUCCUGGGAGUGGGGCUGCUGGACUUCUGUGGCCAGGUGUGCUUCACCCCACUGGAGGCCCUGCUCUCCGACCUCUUCAGGGACCCAGACCACUGUCGCCAGGCCUUCUCCGUCUAUGCCUUCAUGAUCAGCCUCGGGGGCUGCCUGGGCUACCUCCUGCCUGCCAUUGACUGGGACGCCAGCGCCUUGGCCCCGUACCUGGGCACCCAGGAAGAGUGCCUCUUCGGCCUGCUCACUCUCAUUUUCCUCACUUGCGUGGCAGCCACGCUGCUGGUGGCUGAGGAGGCAGCCCUGGGCCCGGCCGAGCCAGAGGAAGGGCCGUCGGUCCCCUCCAGGCUGCCCCACUGCUGCCCAUGCCGCGCUCGCCUGGCUUUCUGGAACCUGGGCUCCCUGUUUCCCCGGCUGCACCAGCUCUGCUGCCGCAUGCCGCACACCCUGCGCCGACUCUUUGUGGCCGAGCUUUGCAGCUGGAUGGCAUUCAUGACCUUCACGCUGUUUUACACGGACUUCGUGGGUGAGGGGCUGUACCAGGGUGUGCCCAGGGCGGAGCCGGGCACCGAGGCCCGGAGACACUAUGAUGAAGGAGUCAGGAUGGGCAGCCUGGGGCUGUUCCUGCAGUGUGCCAUCUCCCUGCUCUUCUCUCUGGUCAUGGACCGGCUGGUGCAGCGAUUCGGCACCCGGGCAGUCUAUCUGGCGAGUGUGGUGGCUUUCCCUGUGGCUGCUGGUGCCACGUGCCUGUCCCGCAGUGUGGCUGUCGUGACCGCCUCGGCCGCCCUCACCGGGUUCACCUUCUCCGCCCUGCAGAUCCUGCCCUACACACUAGCUUCCCUCUACCACCGCGAGAAGCAGGUAUUCCUGCCCAAGCACCGAGGAGACGCUGGAGGUGGCACCAGUGAGGACAGCCUGAUGACCAGCUUCCCGCCAGGCCCCAAGGCCAGGUCCCCCUUCCCCAAUGGACACAUGGGUGCUGGAGGCAGCAGCCUGCUCCCACCUGCACCUGCGCUCUGCGGGGCCUCCGCCUGCGACGUCUCCAUGCGUGUGGUGGUGGGCGAGCCGCCUGAGGCCAGGGUUGUUCCAGGCAGGGGCAUCUGCCUGGACCUCGCCAUCCUGGAUAGUGCCUUCCUGCUGUCCCAGGUGGCCCCAUCCCUGUUCAUGGGCUCUAUUGUCCAGCUCAGCCAGUCUGUCACUGCCUAUAUGGUGUCAGCCGCAGGCCUGGGUCUGGUUGCCAUUUACUUUGCUACACGGGUAGUAUUUGACAAGAGUGACCUGACCAGAUACUCAGUGUAGAGUACUUCCUAUCCCCUGAGGGAGGGCCUGCCUCACUGGGUCCCAGCUCCCGGCGUUCCAGGCUCCAUAGGGCUACUGGGCUGGCCUCCCAGAUUCUAUUGCCGCCUAAGUGGUGUGGCUCUCUGCUGCCACCCCGUGGUGAUAAGGUGCAUAGCUGCACAGUUAGAGCACUGGGGCCUCCCUCCCAUUUGUUUAGGGCUGUGGUUGACUCCAAAAGGGCUUAUUAAGUCUGGACUUACACAGAGAGAGAAGGGCAGGGCAUUUGAUUAGCACCAUGCACUGGAAUUCAGGACUCUGGCAGAAUUACCCAAGCUCAGGGUUAACAGCUAGUGUCUCGAUCAAGACAUACCAACGGAAGGUAUUUUGGGAGCUGAGUAAACUCAGCCACCAGUUCUCCCCUCUCCAAGCCCCCAUAUCCUGUAGGUUCCCCUAAUGUUGCCCUAGUGUGAAACUCUCUACAGGAUUUAAAAAUAUGAAAGUUACCAGGGCGGGGUUGGGGCACGGGCAGGUUCCUGAGCAGAAAGGGGGCGCUGCCUGGCCCCGCAGCACUUCCUUUCCACUGAGUCCCCAGCCCUGUUUCAUCAGGACAUGGCUUGUUGGCCCCUGUAUCUCCAUCAUAGGGACACAGGCCUUUAAAUAUUAAUUUAUUUAUUUAACUAAAUAAGAGGGCAUCGAUUCCCAGCUUUGCCAUGUCUGGUUUAGGAGGUGACCUCCCCAGUGACUGGAUCCUAUGAAAUGGCUGGUUAUUGGGCUAAGGAUUGUCAGAAUCUCAUGUCCUGGGGGAGAUUGGUCUGGCCCCAAAACUGCCUAACCCAGGAGCUUGGAAGCUCUGCUCACCCCAGCUGAUAUACCAACUCCUCUUACCCUAGGCUGCGUAAAGGUGGAAAGUUGGGCUUCAGGUCUCAGCAGCCUCCCGAGCCUCCCCUCCUCUCUUGGCCCAGCCUGCCCCUGCCCCACGCCCAUAUGCUCCCUCUAGGACUGUGCUGAUGAAGGAGCCGCCCACCCCCACCUUUCCCUGGCUUCACAGUCUGUCUUCGGGGCUGUUUCAGGACCAGAAGCAGCCAGUGUGGCCCCUGAACCUUUGUCUGUCUCGGCGCCCAGGGCAUAUCUGUGCUUGGGGACUCUCACGCAGAAACUCAGGAGCACCCCCUGCCUAGGCUAAGGAGGUCAUAUCUCUGGGGGGUUUUAAGUGCCGUUUGCAAUAAUGUCAUGUUUUAUUUAUUUAGCGGAGUAAAUAUUUUAUACUGUAUGUGAGCAAUCAGAGUAUAAUGUUUAUGGUGAUGAAAUUAAAGGCUUCUUAUAUGUUUAAUUGGCCUGUAGUUAUCUUUUUCUGCCGUGUAAGGAUCAGAUUUCUCAAAAAUGAUCCCCAGCUCCCUGUUCAUGUUUUGGCAGCUUCAGUUCCCAGCACCACCAGUAGGUGGAGCCACAGACCAAUACGCUGCUGUCCUUUGGUGAUGGGCUUGUGGCUGUGCAACCCCCUGGACUGGGGGCUUCCUUUGGGAAUGUCCGGGAGAGGAAGGGAGUGGAAGAGUAGGGAGUGCAGGGAA